AUGAACGACGAAACUCAAUUCACUGAGAAAUCAUUGACGAUUCUUACGUUGGCUCGUAAGCUAGCGUUAGAUCAUCAACAUGCGCAAUUGCAACCAAUUCAUUUGCUAGCUGCAUUUGUCGAACCAUCCCCAGACGGCAGUGUGGGAUAUCUGCAGAACUUGGUGGAAAAAGGACGCUACGAUUAUGAGACAUUCAAGAGAACUGUGAACAGAAAUCUGGUCAGGAUACCCCAGCAGCAUCCAGCUCCAUCGGAGAUUACGCCAAGUUAUAAUCUCGGGCAGGUGCUGCAAGAAGCUGCAAAGAUUGAAAAACAACAAAAGGACAGUUUUAUAGCGCAAGAUCAUCUGUUAUUUGCGCUGUUCACUGACGCCUCGAUCCAGAAAGUGUUCAAGGAGGCUCAGGUAGACAUCGAGGCUAUCAAACAGCAGGCGCUGGAGUUGAGAGGUAACCAACGAAUUGAUUCCCGUGGAGCCGAUACGAACACUGCACUAGAGUACCUUUCGAAGUAUGCUAUAGACAUGACUGAGCAGGCAAGGCUGGGUAAGCUAGAUCCCGUUAUCGGAAGAGAGGAAGAGAUUAGAAGUACUAUCAGAGUGUUGGCUAGGAGGAUCAAAUCGAACCCUUGUUUGAUUGGUGAGCCAGGUAUCGGUAAGACUGCUAUUAUCGAAGGAGUUGCACAGAGGAUUAUUGACGAUGAUGUGCCAACUAUCUUACAGGGCGCGAAGCUGUUCAGUUUGGAUUUGGCGGCUUUAACCGCUGGCGCAAAAUACAAGGGUGAUUUCGAAGAAAGAUUAAAGGGUGUGUUGAAGGAAAUUGAGGACUCUAAGACGCUUAUUGUCUUGUUUAUUGACGAAAUCCACAUGUUGAUGGGUAAUGGAAAGGACGAUGCCGCCAACAUCUUGAAGCCUGCCUUGUCUAGAGGCCAGCUGAAGGUGAUUGGCGCUACGACUAACAACGAAUACAGAUCUAUCGUGGAGAAAGACGGCGCGUUCGAGAGAAGAUUCCAGAAAAUUGAUGUGCAAGAGCCUACGAUCAGACAAACUGUUGCCAUUUUAAGAGGACUCCAACCAAAAUACGAGAUUCACCAUGGUGUGAGAAUCUUGGAUAGCGCUUUGGUGACUGCUGCGCAAUUGGCCAAGAGAUAUUUGCCUUACAGAAGGUUGCCCGAUUCGGCAAUCGAUUUGGUCGACAUCUCUUGUGCCGGUGUUGCUGUGGCGAGGGACUCCAAACCAGAAGAGUUGGAUUCCAAGGAGCGUGAAUUGCAACUUAUCCAGGUUGAAAUUCAAGCACUGGAGAGAGACAAGGACUCAGACUCCACUACAAAGGACAGAUUGCAACAGGCCAAGCAAAAGGAGGCUUCCUUACAGGAAGAAUUGGUGCCCUUGAGACAGCGCUAUGAAGAGGAGAAGCACGGCCAUGAAGAAUUAACUCAGGCUAAAAAAAGACUGGACGAAUUAGAGAAUAAGGCUGCUGAUGCAGAGCGUAGGUACGAUAAUGCAACUGCAGCAGAUCUGAGGUACUUUGCCAUCCCCGACAUUAAGAAAAGAAUCGCUGAACUGGAACAGCAAGUGGCCGAGGAAGAAAAACGUGCCGGUGCCAACUCGAUGAUUCAAAACGUGGUCGACUCAGAGACUGUUGCAGAAACCGCAGCAAGAUUGACUGGCAUCCCAGUGAAGAAAUUGACAGAAUCUGAAAAUGAGAAACUCAUUCACAUGGAGCGCGAACUGUCGUCACAGGUGGUUGGCCAAAUGGAGGCUAUCAAAGCGGUCUCCAAUGCCGUCAGAUUGGCUCGUUCCGGCUUGGCAAACCCCAGACAGCCAGCAUCCUUCCUAUUCUUGGGUCUAUCCGGCUCGGGUAAGACCGAACUAGCCAAGAAGGUGGCCGGAUUUCUAUUCAACGAUGAGGACAUGAUGAUCAGAGUCGACUGCUCGGAACUAAGCGAGAAGCACUCCGUCUCCAAAUUACUCGGUACCACUGCCGGCUACGUUGGGUACGACGAAGGUGGUUUCCUAACAAACCAGCUACAAUAUAAGCCCUACUCGGUGUUGCUAUUCGAUGAAGUGGAAAAGGCCCACCCAGACGUUUUGACCGUCAUGUUGCAAAUGCUAGACGACGGUAGGAUCACGUCGGGGCAAGGCAAGACCAUCGACUGUUCCAACUGUAUCGUGAUCAUGACCUCCAACCUGGGCGCUUCGUUCAUCAGCGCCCAGCCGGGCUCCAAGAUCCAGGAAGCCACCAAGGGGCUAGUCAUGGGGGUCGUCAGACAGCACUUCAGACCGGAGUUCCUGAACAGAAUCUCCAGUAUCGUAGUCUUCAACAAGCUCUCGAGAAAAGCAAUCCACAAGAUCGUCGAUAUCCGGCUAGACGAAAUCCAGAAACGUUUCGAACAAAAUGACAAACACUACGAGCUGGAUGUAUCUCCCGAGGCCAAGGAGUUCUUGGCCAAAUACGGCUACUCCGACGAUAUGGGAGCAAGACCUUUGAACAGAUUAAUCCAGAACGAGAUCCUAAACAAAAUGGCCGUUCGCAUCCUCAGAGGCGAGAUCAAGGACAAGGAGACGGUCAGAGUCGUCUACAAACCGGGCAAAGAGCGCGGCUCCGGUAUCACCGAGAACGAAGAAGAAGGUUUAGAGGUUCUGCCCAACAGGGAAAUUCCGGAUGGUGGCAUAGAUGCCAUGGGAGAUCAAGACAUGGACGUCGACUACAGCGACGGUGACAAUAACCUCGAAUUAGACUAA